CACCGCCUCUUCCUUGCCACCAUUCGUGCCAGAAACCGAAACAUUGUACUACUAAUAAUGAGAAACCAGAAUCUGCUCCUUUCGUUGGCGUCGCUGCUAUUGACCGGGUCUUCCGUCGAUGCGUUUGCAACAAUGAAGCCUAGAAUUUCGCUUUCGAACACCGCCAUCCGGGCCGAGGUCGACGGCAUGCCCGAAGCAGAUAUCGCCGCGGGCGUCCCCGAUACGGCGGCUCCGCAGGCAGCCGAUGCCGUUUCCGAAGCAGUGGGUGCCGCGACAUCACCAGCGGCUCCUGCCACCGUGGACACCGCGGCCAAUAUCAUCACUCCCAACCAAUUCGCACCGCCCGUUGCCCCUAAAAUCAUCGAUCCCGACGCCCCGAUGCCCCUUCCCGUGGCACCUUUGACCGAUCUGGACACGAUAGCACUGGUCGCUGGCCAAGAAAACUACGGCCUCGCGAUCGUCCUGCUUGGAGAAGCGAUCUGGUCCUUUUCCAAGGCACCUUCGGUGGACCACGGCCUCAAGACGCUCGUUCCGGCGGUCCUCGCUGCAGCCGCUCUAUUCGUGGCCUCCGGGCCCAUGAUCACCAGCGGUGAUGCCGGCAGCAUCAGUACGGGGCUUUUCAUUGCGACAGGGGUCAGCGUGUUUAUGGGGGCCUGUUAUGCGGCCCGUUUGUCAGCGCCCUUUUCGCCCUCUCCAAAGGAAAUUCCGGCUCUGGGGCUUGUGGUGGCCUUUGCGGGGUUCUUCAGUUUCAGCCAGAAUCUUGUCGUCGAUGGGUUCGUUACGCUACCUUCGCUCCCGCACGUCGAUCUUCCCUCUCUUCCUUCCAUCAGCCUUCCGUUUUGAGCUGCUUGAUGAAUAGAAUAGUGCGUCGAGGAGUCGCAUUUUGGUCAACAUCCAAUGCAAGUAACACCAAAGCAUCUGCAUAAUAAUAUUCUCAAUGGGAU